AUGUCAAACAUUGUGGGUAUUGAAUAUAAUCGUGUUACAAAUACAACUUCCACUGAUUUUCCCGGUUUUUCAAAAGAUGGAGAAAAUGAGUGGGAUGUGGAAAAAUUCAAACAGGACUUUGAGGUUAAUAUUUCUUCAUUGGACGCAAGAGAGGCAAAUUUCGACUUGAUUAACAUUGAUACAUCAAUUGCAAAUGCUUUUCGUCGCAUAAUGAUUUCUGAAGUUCCAUCUGUGGCUGCUGAAUAUGUCUAUUUUUUCAACAAUACAUCUGUCAUUCAGGAUGAGGUUUUGGCUCAUAGAAUAGGUUUGGUUCCAUUAAAAGUUGAUCCGGAUAUGCUCACAUGGGUUGAUAGUAAUUUACCAGAUGAUGAAAAGUUUACAGAUGAAAAUACUAUUGUUUUGAGUUUGAACGUGAAGUGCACAAGAAACCCAGAUGCGCCAAAGGGAUCUACAGAUCCAAAGGAGCUGUAUAAUAAUGCGCAUGUCUACGCUCGUGAUUUGAAGUUUGAACCUCAGGGUAAACAAUCUACCACAUUUGCUGAUUUUCCAGUUGUUCCAGCAGAUCCUGAUAUUUUGCUAGCUAAACUAAGGCCUGGUCAAGAAAUCUCAUUGAAAGCUCACUGCAUCUUAGGUAUUGGUGGUGAUCAUGCUAAAUUUUCGCCUGUUUCCACCGCUUCUUAUAGAUUACUACCUCAGAUCAACAUCCUGCAGCCAAUCAAAGGUGAAAGUGCUAGAAGAUUUCAAAAAUGUUUUCCACCAGGUGUCAUUGGUAUUGAUGAAAGUUCAGAUGAAGUAUACGUAAAAGAUGCUAGAAAGGAUACAGUUUCCAGGGAAGUUUUAAGAUAUGAUGAGUUUGCUGAUAAAGUCAAAUUAGGAAGGGUAAGAAACCACUUUAUCUUUAACGUAGAAAGCGCUGGUGCUAUGACGCCGGAAGAAAUUUUCUUCAAAUCUGUUAGAAUUUUGAAAAAUAAAGCUGAAUAUUUGAAAAACUGCCCAAUUACUCAAUAA